AUGAUCAAGGGCGUUUAUUACGGUGAAAGUAACACAAACUUAGACAUCUCUUCUUACACUCAAUGCCUACUGUUUCUUCAAGAAUCAAUCAUACCACCUUUAACAAAUAAUAGCGACAAUGGUACGCUCAUACAGUAUCACGGCAUAUCAAAAAACGAUAACAUCAAACAAUCCAUAGACAAGUUAAGUAAACAAAUCACUGCCUCUGCUGUAAAUUUGGAGCAACAACAGCACGUACUUUGUGUAUUCUCUUAUGGUCCUCAUAUUCAGAAAAUGCUAAGUAUUUUGGAGAUAUUCAGAAAAAGUUACACCAAGGACCACGAAAGCUUGCAUCAGUGGAAUAAAUUGACGUCGUUCGAUGUAAUAAAAGAGGGUAGGAACGAACUAUUAGAGAAAAAACUAAAAGUUCCAAUUUUGAUCACUUUUGUAUCCGGUUCUAAUGCCAUGGGUCUAGACCUGCAUGGAUUUACCAAACAGUAA